CCUACAACACAGCAGUCGCCUCAGGAUGAGCAGGAAAAGCUCUUGGAUGAAGCUAUACAGGCUGUGAAGGUCCAGUCAUUCCAGAUGAAGAGAUGCCUGGACAAAAACAAGCUUAUGGAUGCUCUGAAACAUGCUUCUAAUAUGCUUGGUGAACUCCGGACUUCUAUGUUAUCGCCAAAGAGCUACUAUGAACUUUAUAUGGCUAUUUCUGAUGAACUACACUACUUGGAGGUCUACCUGACAGAUGAGUUUGCUAAAGGAAGAAAAGUUGCAGAUCUCUAUGAACUUGUACAGUAUGCUGGAAAUAUUAUCCCAAGGCUUUAUCUGUUAAUCACAGUUGGCGUUGUAUACGUCAAGUCAUUUCCUCAGUCCAGGAAAGAUAUUCUGAAAGAUUUGGUAGAAAUGUGCCGUGGUGUGCAGCAUCCCUUGAGGGGUCUAUUUCUUCGAAAUUACCUUCUUCAGUGUACCAGAAAUAUCUUACCUGAUGAAGGAGAGCCAACAGAGUAA